AUGUCAAGCCAAGAAAGUUCAAGGUUGGAGAAGGAUGUGAUAGGGAAGUGUGAUUCUCGGCCAAGGAACCCCAACACUCUUGCCCUUACCAAGCAAUCAUCGAGGACUUCCUCGCGCCACGAUCUCGGAAGGGUCGCCAGCAAUACUGUUGACAGAGUUAUCUCACGCCUGUCGACGCGUCACAUCAAGGAUCCAGGUCCUGCACCUGACGGCGGAUUAAAAGCAUGGAUACAGGUCGCAGCGCUGUGGACGUGCAGUUUAACAACCUGGGGAUACUUCAAUUCAUUUGGUGCCUUCCAGGCCUAUUAUAUGGAGACUCUUCCGGAGACGCAAUCCACGAUAUCCUGGAUAGGUUCUAUUCAAUUAUGGAUGGUAUUCUUUGUUGGCACCUGGUCUGGCCGUGCUCUUGAUGCAGGUCUUUUCGCACCCACUUAUUUGUUGGGUGCUGCCUUACAGAUACUCGGUAUCUUCAUGACAAGCAUAAGCCAUACCUUCUGGCAACUCCUCCUGUCCCAAGGAGUGUGUACCGGUCUGGGCAGCGGCAUCUUCUUCACUCCCGCCAUGGGUCUUGUCACGACCUAUUUCACCACGAACAGGGGAAUAGCCAUAGCAAUCAUGUCCACUGGUGGCUCCAUCGGCGGUUCUAUUUAUUCCGUCAUUGUUCGUCAGCUUCUACCCAAAAUAGGAUUUGGCUGGACGAUCCGAGUCUUGGGUUUUGUGAAUCUGGUAGCAUUGAGCGUUGCAUUUGCCUUUCUCAAGCCUCGACUCCCUCCAAGAAAGUCGGGACCAAUCGUUGAAUGGAGUGCAUUCAAGGAAGUGCCCUAUCUCUGUGUUGUGGCGGGGAUGUCUCUGGUCUUUGGAGGGCUCUUUUUCAGCUAUUAUUACAUUGCAUCUUUCAGUCGUACCAUCAUCGGUAUGAACUACUCCGAUUCCUUGACCAUGUUGAUCGUAUUCAAUGCAGGAGGAAUUCCAGUUCGCCUUCUGACUGGGUACAUCGCCGACCGAUACCUCGGACCUCUGAACGCGAUGGUACCUCUGAUUUUCAUCAAUUCCCUCUUCGCCUUCGUCUGGAUCUCAAUAGACUCCAGGACUGGAAUGUAUGCAUUUGCCACCUUUUAUGGAUUCUCGGGCGGCGCUUUCCAAUGCCUUUUCCCCACGACCGUUGCGAGUUUGAACUCGGAUCUGAGCAAAAAUGGAGUCAGGUUAGGAAUGGCGCUUACAGUGAUCAGCUUUGCCGGUCUUGCUGGCCCACCAAUUGGUGGUGCUUUGUUGACUACAAACGGUGGUGGUAGAGGUGGAUAUAUGUCGGCACAACUCGGAGUCGGUUUAGCGAUGGCGUUAGGUGCAUUCCUUCUUGGUGUUGGCCGCGUGUGUAAGUAUGGCUGGAGUCCGAGGAUCAAAUGUUAG